AUGGAGGCUGCCACUGCUCAGGCUUCCACGCCCGAGCACGCAGACCUUUCUGCCAAGGCGAGACACACGUGGCGCACGGCGCUCAAGCUGCGAAAGCUCCUCACCAAGCAGCUCGAGAAGCUCCCCAAAGAUAAUAACGCUGGCGUCGACAUCGCCCAGUUCGAGGCGAUAGAUUCGCAGCUGGAAAAAUUCCGCCUUGCCUGCGUGCAAACCAUCUACCUCGACUUUGAGUAUGCUGUCGCCGAGCGCACCGACCACGCAAUGUGGACGGUGCACACCAGCAUCAAUAACGAAUACCGACGAACCCUGGGCCGCCUGAGACACCUGGCGCAGCACUCGGACAAGCAUAGGGCUGAUAAGACGGCUUCCGAGAAGCGCAAUGGCGAAAAGUCCAAGGGAGACAAGCAGAGCACCCCGAAGCAGCAGAAGAACGACAGGCGCAAUGUGGAGAAGCGGAAGCUUGGAGAAAAGUACACGCACUUUCUUCACGUUGCUCAGGAAUUCUACAAGGGAUAUGUCCAGCGCCUCUCGGCGCGCUACGAUAUUGUCGAGCUGAAGCGCAUUGCUCAGGGAAUCGAGGUCGACGGCUCUCCAAGCAGCGAUGUCAUCAGCCCGGUCCCGAGCCAGAUCUACCCCCUGGUGCUGAAUUCUUGUCACUAUACUCUUAUAUGCCUCGGCGACUUGGCUCGUUACUACGUUCAGUCCGGUCUGAGAAAGUCGAGCUACAGAACCGCAUUGGCCUACUACAGCCUUGCCUACGACCUCAAGUCCGACUCGGGCUUCCCCUUCCACCAGAUGGGCAUCAUCAGCCUGGAGGAAGGCAAGGAUCUCGACGUCGUCUACUACUUUUACCGGAGCAUCGCGACCGCCGACCCUCACCCCAAUGCGAGACAGAACCUCGAGUCCAAGUUCAAGACCAUUUUGCAGCCGGAUAAGAACCCGUCCAAGAAGCAAACACGCGGGCCGAGCGAUGCCUUUGUCACCUGGUUCACCAAGCUCCACGCCUCGUACUAUCGGGACGAAGUCAUGUCACACAGCUCCGAGCUCGAGAGAGAGGUCCUGCACCGUCUUGACAUGGCCUCUAAGAGCGCUAGCCACACCCAGGUCCUGUUCAAGAUGGCCUUGAUCAACAUGUCGAGCUACUAUGUCGCCACGCAAAAGUUUACAGAGUCUCAAACCCCUGCGACAUCGCGCUUUUGCCAGCAUACUUUGCGCCUGAACUCUCAGUUUAUCCUGGCCUUUUGUGCUGCACUGGAAUCCGAGCUCACCGAAAUUGUUAGUCGCGAAAGUCACGAAUCUGAGGACCCGGCUACCGCAAAGUCGUCUCCUACUAUCACCUCGCUCCUCCCACUUCUCCGCAUCUACGGCAUGUGGCUCGCCGCUCGCCGCCAUGAGAUCUUUGCUGCUGGUGAAGCGCUGGGUGCAGUUCUGCCGGAUAUGGUCAAAGCCCUCUCCAAGGUCUUCUCUCUCUUGUGCAACGACACAUACACCCAGGAGAACCUGGCUUCGUGCCCUUACCUGCUGGCCGAGGAUGUCGACACCCAAGGAUUGCUUCCCCUUUCCAAGGAACAGGUUCCUCUGGCUUGCCGGUCUUACUUUAACGAGAAUGGUACCCUGAAACCACGACUGCCGUCUCAAGAGAACCGACUUGAUCCCUUCCAAGAGAUGCUGGCCAGAAUCCUGGACAUUCUUCGCUGCGCCUAUUUCCUGGCUGAAGACAACUCCUGCCCUCUCACAUAUCGUGUCUCUGAACGGGGUCUGGUCUUUGAAUAUCAAGACGUCCCUGUUGUGAACAACGCCCCCGCUAUCAACAAUGUCCCCGUUAUGAACAAUGCUCCUGAGCCGAUGUCAAUCGUCAAUUCCCCUGUGCGCGAACUCAAGGUCAACACCAAGAACCCCGGCCGGCAGCGCACCGCAUCUGAUAACCGACAGCCUGACAAUCGACAAACCGAAAACCGACCUCCGGCUAACGAUGACGCGAGAAAGGCAUCCCUCGCUUCUCCCCAACCCACGGUUCAACCCCAGCCUCAACCCCAGGAUCAGCCUCGAGCACCCUCCCCCGCCCAAAGUGAAAGCACCUUUAUCCUCGGCAUGCUCACCCCUUUCCUGAAGCCCCCGAUCUCAGAUGCUACCCAGUCAUCUCACCGGUCUAGCGAUGAGACUUCCUAUGGAAUGCAUAGUGCGACUGCGAAUGAGGUCUUUGGGAUGAUCCAGCAGCCUGAGCCUAGCCCAACCGGUUCGAUCACCUCUGGCAAGCUGAAGCCACUGCCAUGGGAUUGGGUAUACACGCCCACCCCUCAUAAGGCGACUGGCCCCUCCGCCAUUGCUUGCAAAGAUGUCUUUGAUGCCCCUGUCAGCCCCAACUUUUCGUCUCGGGACCUACCUAGAGCGACUGUUAGCACUCUGGAGGAUCCCUUUGCGAGCACUUCGCCUCAGCAACUCCCGACGAACCUGACUCCUCGGGUGGCCAGCGGUAUGAUGGGGAGCCCUCGCCGCGUUUCAGCCGCAGAUGAAGCCGCUCACCGCAACAGCCUGCUUCAAUCCUUUGUGAGCACAAGUGCUCCCAGAACGUCUACGUUCAGUCAGUGGGGUCAGAACUCGUCUCGCAUUCCCAAGGAGACUGUCCCCUCAUCCUACGGCCACCACCAGGCCUUCAAUGGUUAUCCCAUGUCCUCCGCGUCUGCCUUUUCCCACCCCAGCAGCCUGUACCAGGGAACCCCAGCUAACGGAGCUGUCUAUGGCAUGCCUUCUGGAGGCUACGUGGACAUGAGCCAGUAUAAUCGCACUCAGACUCAGGAGUCGAUGACUGUCCCGUCCGCCGCCCGGCGUUUCCAGAUGGAUGAGACGGCUCUGAACUACGACGCCGCUAUUCUCCAGGCUGCUUUUCACGACAAUAAGUAG